UAUAUGAGCGCAGGCGGCGGGAUCUCUCUCCCUUUUACCGCCAUCGGAGCGGAGUCUCUUUCUUCCUCUAGACCGCUUCACUGCGUAGCGCCGCUAACCAAACCAGCCUCCGGCUAGACAGCGAAGCGUCACUUGAGACUCGGUUAAUAUGGCAGACAUCGACAACAAAGAUCAGGCUGAGAUGGACCCAGCAGAUAUGGAGGAUGUUGAGGAAGUGGAAGAGGAGGAGACGGGAGAAGAUGAAAACAGCAAAGCUCGUCAGCUGACUGUCCAGAUGAUGCAGAAUCCACAGAUCCUGGCUGCGCUGCAGGAGAGGCUGGAUGGUUUGAAUGGCUCACCAUCAGGGUACAUGGAGAGUUUACCAAAGGUCGUAAAGAGACGUGUCAAUGCUCUCAAGAACCUGCAGGUCAAAUGCGCCCACAUUGAAGCGAAGUUCUACGAGGAAGUACAUGAGCUGGAAAGAAAGUAUGCUGCCCUCUACCAGCCCCUCUUCGACAAAAGAAGUGACAUAGUGAAAGCAGCUUAUGAGCCCACAGAUGAGGAAUGUGAAUGGAAAGCGGAUGAAGAGGAAGAGCUGACAGAUGAGAUGAAGGAGAAGGCAAAGUUGGAGGAAGAGAAGAAGGAUGAGGAAAAAGAAGACCCCAAAGGCAUUCCUGAAUUCUGGUUAACGGUUUUCAAAAAUGUGGACCUGCUCAGUGACAUGCUGCAGGAACAUGAUGAACCCAUCCUUAAGCAUUUACAAGACAUUAAAGUUAAAUUCUCAGAUCCAGGACAGCCAAUGAGCUUCACAUUAGAGUUCCACUUCGAGCCAAACGACUUCUUCACAAACACAAUGUUGACAAAAACCUACAAGAUGAGGUCAGAGCCCGAUGAGAACGACCCCUUCUCCUUCGAUGGGCCAGAGAUCAUGAGCUGCACAGGCUGCACGAUUGACUGGACAAAGGGCAAGAACGUCACAUUGAAAACAAUCAAAAAGAAACAAAAGCACAAGGGCCGUGGCACGGUCAGGACGGUCACCAAAACGGUCCCCAACGACUCCUUUUUCAACUUCUUCACCCCACCAGAGGUCCCAGAAAAUGGCGAGUUGGAUGAGGAUUCGGAAGCCAUUCUGGCUGCUGACUUUGAAAUUGGCCACUUCAUCCGCGAACGUAUCGUACCCCGAGCGGUGCUCUAUUUCACAGGAGAGGCCAUAGAGGAUGAUGACGAUGAUUAUGAUGAAGAGGGAGAGGAGGCAGAUGAUGAGGAAGGUGAAGAGGAGGCUGACGAGGAGAACGACCCCGACUAUGAUCCCAAGGUUUAAGUGGUGACUGUAGAAAAAUAACCCUAUCCUGAAGGAUGCAGCCCCCCCAGCUGAGUGCAAGCAGCAGUGAAGCCUGACCCGGCGGCCUCGAGGAUCAACUGCACUGUAACGGCUUCUCAAAAGAAGAAAUAUAUAAAUAAAAAAUAAAAAAAAAAUAGUUACUUACCGCCUUAUAAUGUUUUGUAUUUUUCUUGGUAGAGAACUUGGAGAAAAAAAAGGUUUCAAGAUUUUUGUUACAAAAACUCAUGGUAAUAUACUGGGAGCAGUGUGGCUCGAUAUACAUAGUAUUUUACUAGACCUGUUUUCCCCUCUCUUCCUUCUCUGUACAAUAGUUAGACUGCAGGAAGAUAACCUCCCUCAAAAAGCAUGAACUUGUUUCUUCACUGCUAAACUAGUUUGGGUUCUUGUGAAGUCUUUUGUUGUAUUUGCUCUUAGACAACAGCUGUGGUUUAGACUGGCAUUGCGGCGACACCAAUCUAUAUAUCCUCUCCUCCCAGCUAAAUUCCAGGUUGUCCCAGUGAUUUAUUUUAGCUUUUGUUUUCUAAACUCUUAGCGGGGACUUGAGCACUUAAAAGAGAACACACAAAGCACUGUAGCAUUUCCAGACAGGACGGAUGUGUUAGCUGCACCUGAGUGUCCAUUCCAGUUUAUUCUGUGGGAUCCACAGUUGCCACCCUCUCACCCGACUUUUCUUUUUUUUUUUUUUUUUUUUUUUUUUUUUUUUCCCCCUCCCCCACAAUUUCUUUGGGAAUUCCUGUGCCACCUGUGCUCAACUGCUUUCCGCUUAAACAUUCCGGUAAACAGACUGGCUGGCCCCAUUAGUGAACCUCUCUUAAAGAGUCUGCCAUUCUUCCACCGGACGGACUGUUAAAAUGAUAUAAAAACUGACGUUUGCAGUGACUUCUUCGCUCCUAUGGCUCUCUACAGCCAACUCUCGAACAUUCCUUAUCUUAAGAAAUCUCUGGAAGGUGGGGUGAGACAGUUUGUCAGGAUGGCCUAGUUUGGGGACACAGCCCCAAUAACCUCACGCUUCAGGCUCCUCGAAGGCUCGCAGUAGUGUGGCUGUCGUCUUUUUCUAUAGCACUUUGUUACUUGUGUGGUGUACCAGUGGUGUCCUGUCAUCAGUUAACUGUACAAUUAUUCAAUGUGAGCAGCCCUUUGACUCCUCCCACCCCAUACCUGAGGGGAUGUGAGAGGGGGGGCUGCUGUAGCCCCGCUCUGUAGAGUUCAAGUUGUGCUAUUUGGUUUAAAGUGAAUUACCGUUGUUGUCGGGGGAGGCACACUAGUCCCAUUCAGGGAAGCUUUAUAGGAACAGUGUUGGGCAGAUGUAGCACAGUGGAUGACAAGGGGAGGGGGUGGAGUGUCAAGAUUGGGCUCAGCUCACUUUUUCCCUCUUCGGUUUGUUUACCCCCCUCAUGUAACCAAUUCAUGUCUCAUGUGAACCUGAGCCCAGUAGCUGAGGUCACGGUUCAUUUUUAUCACUGUGAAAGAAAUGGGGGCGUGUGAUAAGGCCAUUGUGUUGGCUCAUGACCCACCACCCUGCCCACCCAAACCUGCUUCCUUUGUUACCCAGAAUGCCUUGGAAAAGGUUGUCGGAGCAAUACUUAAAGCCAGGAGAGGAACUGAAAUGAAACAGUAGCCUUGCUCCCCCCAGUCCUUUAGCGUCCCCCCCCCUUCUCUCCCCUCGGUUGUGAGAACAGCCAUGUGUUGGUUGUCACUGGGGCAUCAUCAUGUCCACUGUGGAGAUCCAGGGUACUUGGCAUUUUGCAGGGAGUAUCCAGAUCAUGUUCAUUGGAAAUGGACUGACUGGAUUUCUGUGGGGGCGUCCUUCUGAGCAGCUGUUGUCAAGGCAAAAUGCUAUGCUACAAAAUACUAAUGUACUCAAUAACUGUACGUGUAUGUUCAUGAAUAAAUUGGUUAAACAUGUA